GUAUUGUUGACAACUAGGCAAAUUCAGAAUACGCACACGGGACUGGAUUUGUCAGUGCCGGAAUACCAGGAAAUCCGUGGGAAGAUGAUGUCUGGCCACGUAGAGUAUCACAUUGUCGUUGUUACUCGACUGGCUGCCUUCAAAUCAGCAAAGCACAAGCCUGAAGAUGUAGUUCAAUUUAUGGUUUCCAAGAAGUACAGUGAGAUAGAGGAGCUCUACCAGAGACUGGCGGCACGAUAUCCACAGGCUUCUCUUCCACUCUUGCCUAGAAAAGUUCUCUUCGUGGGGGAAUCUGACAUCUGUGAACGAAGAGCUAUGUUCAAUGAUAUCAUGAAAUUCAUCUCAAAAGAUGAGGAUCUAGCAACGAGUCCUGAGUUACUGGAAUUUUUAGGAACAAAAUCUACUAGUGCCAUUGACUUCAAGAGUAAAAACAUUCCUGAUGACAAGGAGAAAGAAGGCGAAGAAAAUGACACAUUGGAUUUUUUCAGAGAGGAGAAGACAUCUGACUUAAUCUCACAGCUUUCAUCAGUGGAAAAUGCCAGAAAAGGGGAGAAAAAAGAAGAGAACGAGGAGGAAGAAGAGGAAGAAGAUUUAGACCCUCUUGGUAUAAUCAGAACUAAAAAAACAAAGAAGGCAUCUGUUCCUGCAACCAAGGAAGAGAAGCCCAAAUUAACCAUUUUUGAGGAGGAAAUAGAUGCAGAUGAAGGACUCUUUGGCCCAGAAGAAGAUUUCUCAUCAAUUGGUCCCAGGAAGAAGAUGAAAGAGAAUCUGAAAUUAUUUGAAGAUCCAGACCUUGGAGGGGUUGUCAGAUUGGGUGACUCACUACUGCUGCCAGCUGCCUGCAAGAGCGGAGGGUAUGUGCUGAACACAGGUGCUGAGGAGGACACUGAAGAACUGCUGAGAGUUGAAGAUGAUUUAGAGAACCUCUUGAAAGUAACCUCCAAACCAAAACCUAAGGUACCACCAAAACCACCAUUGCCUCAGAAGCCAGCAGUUGCCCCCAGGAACACUAAUGCAUCUCCACUGGCAAGGCCAAAGGAAAACAGGAUUCAGACAAUGAACGAAGUGGACAUUCUCCAGUAUAUCCAGGAAAAUGAAUCUAUCAACAAUGAAGAUACAAGUCUUUUUUGA